CUUCAUAAUAUAAAUAGUAUGAACUCCUUAACUGAGCUACAUCAGUGAAUGUUUUAGUACACACAGUUCAACACAGCACAUAUCAUCCAAAAUGGCAGAAACCAACACAGAUUCUGCAACAAAAAAAUUGGCAGUUGUUACUGGAUCCAAUAAGGGGAUUGGAUUAGAGAUAUGUCGGCAGUUAGCCACUAUUGGCAGCAUUAUAGUGGUGUUGACAGCUAGAGAUGAGAAGAAGGGUGUUGAAGCUGUGGAGAAGCUCAAAGGGUCUGGACUCUCUGAUGUGGUUUUUCAUCAGCUUGAUGUGAUGGACCCUGCUAGUAUUGCUUCCCUGGCUGAUUUCAUCAAAACCCAGUUUGGAAAACUUGAUAUCUGGGUGAACAAUGCAGGAAUUUCUGGAAUUAUAUUAAAUGACGAUGAUUACAAGUUCUUGAUGGCAUUAGAUGCUCCUACCGAAGUUUGGGUAGCGAAAUGCAAGGAACUAGGAAGACAAACCCAUGAAACAGCUGAAGAAUGUUUGCAAGCAAACUACUACGGCACCAAAAGAGUGACUGAAGCACUUCUUCCCCUCCUUCAGCUAUCUAAUUCUCCAAGAAUUGUUAAUGUUUCAUCAUCUCUAGGGAAGCUACAGAAUGUUUUGUUGCAGCAUGUCACCGACCCAUGGGCCAAAGAAGUGCUAAACAAUGAGGAUGGUCUCACAGAAGAAAGAGUGGAUGAUGUGUUGAACAAGUCUCUUAAGGAAUUCAAUGAAAGCCAUGGCUGGCCUGCUUACAAAAUGUCCAAGGCAGCUAUGAAUGCCUACACAAGGAUUCUAGCAAGGAAGUUCCCCAAAUUUCGUGUAAAUUGUGUUGGCCCUGGUUAUUGCAAAACUGACUUUACCUACAAGACUGGAAUCUAUACUGUUGAAGAAGGUGCAGCUGGUCCUGUGAAGUUGGCUUUGUUGCCUGAUGAUGGCCCUUCUGGAUUUUUCUUUUCUCAGAAGGAAGAAUCCACCUUUUAAUCACAUUGCUACAUGGCCAUGGUUCGUCUUCCCCAGUGAGAGAGAAAAGAGCUGGAGUUACCUUGUUGUCGAUGUACACCUCUUUGUUACUUCUACGUAUUGAGCAUAUCUUUCUUCUAAUAAGGAAAAUAAAGUAACCUACAAUUGGUAAUAAAAUAAUAUAAUUUGAGUUUCAUU